AUGCCGCCGCCCAUCAAGCGCAAGCGGUCCGAACGCGGCCCCUACAACUCGCAGGACGUCGGCGACGGCAGCGGACCGCGGCCGUCACCUCACCGGCCGCAGAGCCUCAACCUCGCGCAGCAGAACCAGUACGCCGGCAAUGGCGGAGGCCGGGGCGGACGGGGCGGAGGGGCACGCCGCGAGAGCCGUGGAGGCAGCAGCAGUGGACCAGGAGGACCAGGAGGAGGCAACAGCAGCGGCGGUGGUGCGCGCGGUGGCCGCGGUGAGCGAGACGCCGGCAGCCCGGCCAUGACCACCACUACUGGCGGUGAAUCUAACGCGCAGUCUCCAGUCUCGAGGGCCAGCCCUGCCUCGUUUUCCAGGUCGGAGACCAACAACAACCCGUCUUCGCCGACCUUGACGCGCCCGCCGUCGGCGCACGCAGCACCACCACCACCACCAGCGGCGCCGCGGCCUGCCACGCCCCAGGAGCACUCGCGUCCUGCGCCGCCUGCGCCGCCCCCGGUGCCGCAGCAGCAGGCCCCCGCCCCGAAGCCGCCGAUCAAGUUCGUGUACCAGUACAUAACGGAUGAGCAGAAGGCGGCGUGGAGGACGUCUGGGAGGAAGGCCGUCUUGGACGCAGCGCUGCAGGCGCAAGAGAAGGAGGAUUUUCUAACGCUGAGCAUAAUCUUCCAGGAGGUGAUCAGGGCUGGAUUGGACGACAGGAUAGACCCAGCCGAUGCAGGCCGCGUCGUCAAGGAAGUGUUGGCCGAGGCUGGUGAAGCCGCUACGGAAAAUGCCUCCAUGUUCCUCGACACGGUUGCGGUUUCGACCAGCAUGGACCCCGUUACCCGCGGCCUUUGGGACCUUCUCGUCGCUACAGGAAUCUCGCCUAUGCAGAUGAAGGAGGAACUGGACAUACCGCAGCUGCAGGAGUUGGGCAUGGUCCGGAAGACGUUCGAGAGGAUGGGCACCCGCAUGGCCACGAAUCAGCUCUAUCGCCAGUCGAAUUAUAACUUGCUCCGCGAGGAAUCCGAGGGAUACGCCAAGCUCAUGACCGAGUAUUUCACCACUUCAAACAACGAGGAACCGACCUGGAAUGCCGCCGCCGCCGCUUUCCAACGCGUAAAGGCCCUGAUUGGUGCUUUUGACCUGGACGUCGGACGUGCUUUGGAUGUGACCCUGGAUGUUUUUGCCAAUCUCAUGAUCAGGCAUUACCGCUUCUUUGUCAAGUUCAUGCGUGCAAGUUCGUGGUGGCCGGAGGAAAAGUCGUAUGAAAGUCUGGAAUGGGAGACCCUCGGAAUUGAAUCUCUACCGAGAUGGGCACAACCUGGAGCCUCCGGAUAUCAGCACACCGAGAAAGAUGUCGUCGAAAUAGCAGAGCUGUGUGAAGAAAGAGACAGGAAGUUCUGGCAGCGUGUACGAGAAGUGGGGUUGGAAGCUUUCUUCGAGCUUGGAGGACGCCGUAUCACAAAGGGUGAGAUAACCCUGGAGUCCGGCGAGUCCGUCGCAGAGAGGCUUGAAAAGAUUGAGAAGGAGAGAGGAAUGAGGGAUGGGUCCAAGCCUGAGGACAUGACGGAAGCCGUGUUCAACAAGGAGUGGAUGGCGGUAACGAAGACUCUCCCGCCGCCGGGAAACCGUGUGGCUGCACAAUUGCUCGGUUUCAAGCUCCGUUUCUACGCCUCCUCUGCAAGGGAUCCCGAGGAUAGAUUCCCAGAAAACCUGGUGUUCCUUGCGGCGCUGUUGAUCAAGAUCGGCUUCAUCUCCCUGCGCGACCUAUACCCCCACCUCUAUCCCGCCGACAAAGACAUGGCUGUUGUGAAGGAGAAGUUGAUGAAGGAGAAAGAGGAACGUGAGAGGAAGAACAGGCCCGGUGGUGGCCAGAUGAAUGCCCUUGCGAUGGCAGGAGCAUUGGUAGACGACACGAUACCAGCACCCACGGCAGCCACGAGGCUGCGCGAAGCUGAAAGCAGCAGAGCUUCUUCAGCAAAACCAGAAGACAAGGCCGGAACACCGAAAUCCGACAAGCCUGACGAGGCUAUGAAGGAAGAAUCACUGAGCGAGCCUACGGACCAGAAGAUUGCUCUGCUCAAGAGCUUGCUUUGCAUUGGCGCCAUUCCGGAAUCUCUCUAUAUGCUUGGAAAGUUCCCUUGGUUGACCGACGUUCACCCUGACCUCCCUGAGUACCUUCACCGGAUAUUACACCACAGUCUCCACAAAGUCUACAACGCUCUACGCCCUAUGCAAGGCCAUGACCAAGUCAGGCUUGUAAAGAAGGCGGAAGUCGAGAAGGGCGGAGCUGAGAAGGGAGAACUGAAGAGCACAGACCCUCCGCCUCGCAGGACGUUGCGCUGGGCAUCGGUCGAGAAGCAGGGUUCCCACAACGACUCGCAGAUUGUCGACUAUCGUUUCUACUGGGAAGACUGGGCGAACAACGUCCCAGUCUGCCAGACAGUUGAUGAUGUCUUCUCUCUCUGCAGCUCUUUCCUCAACUUCUCUGGCGUUAAGAUCGGCCAGGACCCUGCUCUUCUGACAAAGCUGGCGCGCAUCGGUAAAUGGAGCUUGGCUAAGGACGAUUCGGAGGCAAACUUCACUCGCUGGAUUGACCUCUCGAAGAGACUUUUGGUUCCCGCUCUCAGCUUGACAAAGUCCAACCCUGGCGUCGUUAACGAAGUCUUCGACCUGCUGAAGCUCUUCCCUACGUCCACUCGCUACUCCAUCUAUGCAGAAUGGUACACCGGCCAGACCUCGAGGUUACCCGACAUCAAGGCGGCCUUUGACCAGUCGACUGCCGAAACGAAGGACGUCUUGAAGCGUAUCAGCAAGACCAACACGAAGCAGAUGGCCAGGGCACUGGCGAAGGUUGCUUACUCAUCUCCUGGUAUCGUCUUCAAAGUCGCUCUGAACCAGAUUGAGUCUUACGAUAACCUUGUCCACGUCAUCGUGGAGUGCGCUCGCUACUUUACCUACCUCGGCUACGAUGUCUUGACCUGGUCUCUCAUGAGCUCCCUUGGUGGAAAGGGCCGCCCUCGUCAACAAGAUGAUGGUAUGCUAACCAGUCGCUGGUUGCAGUCGCUCUCCUUCUUUGCUGGAAGCGUCUUCAAGCGCUACACUGUCAUGAAUGCCACGCCAAUCCUCCAGUACGUGACGUAUCAGCUACGAAACGGCAACACUACCGACUUGGAUGUUCUGGAGCAGAUCAUGACGCAGAUGACCGGUAUUCCAAUGGAGCCUACGUUUACGGAAAACCAGCUGCAAGGCAUGGCAGGUGGCGAUCUUAUUCAAGCCCAGAUUCUGGAGCAAAUCCAGGACUUCCGCAACCAGCCCGGCUUCAAGGGACCGGCCAAGCGACUGUUGAGAGCUUUGGUCGAGCCUGGCCUGGCCGGACAACUACUCAUCGCCAUUGCGCAGGAACGCCAGCUGUUCCCUCAUUCCGAACUGCUUGCCGAUGCGCCUUUGAAGGUUCUCGGAGUGAACAUGGACAGACUCACUCGGAUCUUCUUCCAGUACCUCGAGGCUCUCAGGUCUAACCUCUCUGUCAAAGAGUUCGAUGCUGCCAUUCCUGACGUGGUCUCUCUUAUGUCAGAGUUUGGCAUCGACACGAAUAUCGCGUUCGCGGUUUGCAGGCAUAGCCUUUCGCAAGCUGUCUUGGAUGUUGAUAUGAUCGCCGCGGAAGAGGACAAGAAGCAGAAAGAGGAGGCAAAGACUGAAGAACAAGGGAAGCCGGCAACAAACGGAGAUGUUGAUAUGGACGAUGCUCCUGAAGAUGGUCAGGAGGAGAUGGACGCUGAGAAGAAAGAGGAAGUCAAAGAGGAGGCACCCAUCAAGGAGGAAGCAGGUGAGAAGGAGGAAGCCGCUGUCAGCGCUCCGACGCCUGUAGCCACGCCAGCAGCUCCAACUGCAGACGAGCCCUGGCAUCCUAUCAUCAAGGACCUCAUGGAUAGGCUGAAGACAGCUCUACCUGACGACUUCGAGGACAAGAUGAGCCUCUCUUUCUACACGACCUUUUGGCAGCUCUCCCACAACGACAUGGCCGUUCCGACCCAACAAUACGAGGAUGAGAUCAAGGCACUGCAAAAGAAGAUCACUGCUGUGAUUUCAGACCGGUCCGACGUGUCUGUGGCAGGAAUCAAGAAGAAGGAUGCGAAGAAGAAGGAACUGAGUGAUCUGCAGGAUCGCCUGAGAGCUGAGAUGAAGGUCCAGGUACAGACGUACUCGAUGGUCCGCGCUCGCCUUCAGAAAGAGAAGCUCCAUUGGUUCGCUACUCACAAGCUCGCCAUGAGCCCCGCCCUUCACGACUACAUCAUCCAGGAGUGUUUCCUUCCGCGUCUGCUCCUCUCUCCAUUUGAUGCGCAGUACGUCUAUCGGAUGCUCAUCUACCUCCACAGCGCCGGCACCCCGGGAUUCCGCACGAUGUUCCUGAUCGAUCGGAUCCUGAGGGAGAAGCAGCUUACGUCGCUCAUUUUCAUUUGCACUCCUUCGGAAAUCGACAACCUUGGUCGCUUCUUGAACCUGCUUCUUCUAGAGCUUGGAAAAUGGCAUGCCGACUCGGCAGUGUACGAGAGAACGGCUUACGGCGCGAAGAAGGACCUUCCUGGCUUCGGUCGCAAGUUCAAUGAAGAGAGGGUACCGGAGGUCUUCCUCACCUACGAAGAUUUCCGACGACUGCUCUACAAGUGGCAUGUCAGCCUCAACAAUGCGCUCAAGGCAUGCCUUUCCAGCGGAGAGUACAUGCAUAUUCGUAACGCUAUCAUCCUCCUCAAGGUCAUCACUCCCAGCUUCCCUCGUAUCAACUUCAUGGGCAAGCAGCAGCUCGAGUGUAUCAUGAAACUGUCGAAGGAGGAUUCUAGAGGUGACUUGAAGCUGGCGGCAGCAUCCCUCAUUGGUGACCUCAAAAAGACGGAGCCCCACUGGAUGCUUCCCCAGGCUUUUAAACUGGUUGGUCCAACUUACGACCCGUCACUGGAUCGUUACGUUAUGAUUAACGAAAAGCAGGCCGACCCCAACGCACCGCAGAAGCCCAAUAGCCGCGCCACUACCGAGGGCGCGAGCACGCCGCAACCUGGCCAGGCCAGGCUCAACGCAUCCGCCGCGGAAUUCAAACCUUCUCAGCAGUCCAACGGCGUCACGACAAACGGCAUGAAGGAUAAGGACGCCGAAGAUGGUGAAAUAGGUGACGGAAAAGACAAACCCGAUCAGAUAACGAUGUCGGUGGCAGGAGGAGAGAGGGAUAGGGCUUCGGAUUCGAAGGCCAGGGCCCGCCGCCUAAUACAGCUGGUGGACGUCAACCCCAUGCCCUUCCGAACCGACCUGAACCGCAGCCCCCAAGGAACCGUAUGGGCGACAGACAAGACCGUCCCCCAAGACACGAUGGACGCGGCCCGCCUAAUCAUGACUACGGUCGUCUUGAACGUCCGGGAGACAUGCCUCGAGACUUCCCCGAUCGGACUAGGGAUGCGUCGUCGAGCCGUCGGCCUCGCAGCAGGAGCCCAGCUCCCGCUCAUAUGGACCGGGACCGCCGUGAUCCUCAAUGGCAGGGCCCCAGGGAAGUAUGGGAAGAUGACAGAGGACGACCACUUCCGAGAGACACUCGUCAAGGUGCCAGGGGCCCUCCGCAGUGGAAUGAACCUCCCUCUCGCGGCAGGCCUUUUGACUCCCCCAACGAUAGUCAGCGCGGCCGACCUCCGACCGUACCAACAUCCCGAGCGUGCGGGCAGGUUUGGCGAACGCGGACCCCCCGGUCAACUUCCCGAUAGACCCUCUGGCCCCGGUGAUCGCAGUGGCAUGAACCCAGAGCGUGCGGCCCUACUCGAUUCCGACGUUGGACCACGCCGCCCCGAGAGAUUUGGUUCUGAAAGGGACAGCCGUCGCGAUAGAGGCUCAAGGCCUCAUUCUCCUCGACGUGGAGACGAGCGCCCGCCAAACUUCCCUCCCCGUGAUGACUACCGUGACGAGCGUGGGCCGCCCAGCCAAGAUCGUCUACCUCCCAGUUACCCGUCCAGCCGCGAUCGUCGUGACGACCCUAACUCGAUCCCACCAACUGGACCGCGUAGCGAUCGUUCGAGUAGGGGCGAUUACCCUGGGCCCGGGGCAUCUCGUGGUGGGCGUGAGCUUUUCGAGCCCUCGGCCCCGCGGCCACCUCCAGCGGACCCGAAUCACGGUCGUCUUAACCAGGACUUCAUGCCGUCGCGCUCUUCUGACCCUAGCUACGGCCGUCUCAAUGCCCCGGAUGCUCCCUCUGGCCCUCGCGGCAGAGGCGGUGCAGGUCGUGGCAGGAACCAGCCCAGCUCAGUGCCUCCGUCUCCCAUCAGCGAGCGUGGCCCACCUCUGGGACCCAACGCCGAUAGAAGGGAACACCGAGAUUCGUUCGACCACGGCCCCCAAACGCCAUCGAAUGAACACGGCCAGGACACGUCAGGCAUCCACCCAGAUCGCCUGAGGCAGAUUCCGGCCGCACGCAACGACAUGCCUGCACCGUCCUCCGCAUUCCCCCCUCCAUCCGGCCCCCGCGGGUCUCACCGUCAACAACCUUCGCUCAGCGGCUCCGACUUCCAAUCGCCAAACGCCCGCAACCCGCCCACCGGCCCGGCAUCCUCUUCGGAGCGUCGCCACGAAGACAAGCGCUUUGCCGGCAUCAACAACAUGCUCCAGCAGAGCAACAGCUCGCCCGGCGGUGGUGGUAGUGGUGGUGGCGGCGGCGGUGGUGGCUACCGCAACGACAACACCGGCGGACCCUCGUCAUCCUCGGACCGUGGCGCCUCUAUCCGCGGCCGCGCUGGUGGGCGUCCCGGCAGCACAAAUUCACCUGCUGCCUCGCAACCUAGCACGCCCAUCCCGCCGCACCUGGACGCGCCGCCUCGCGGUGGUGGUGGUGACGGACGACCGGACCUACUGCCUAGAGGACCUGGCGGUGGUGCAGACAUGCAACUCCCUGGCGGCGGCGACGAGCGCGACCACCGAGGCGGUAGCAGUCGUCGCGGCGAACGCAGCGAGCGUCGCUCCGGCCGCCACAGGUCGACCAGUCCGCGCGAGUCGUCGUCGCGUCGUGGCGGAGGAGAUGAUUCCAACAAGCGUGGAGGCGGCCCGUCGUCGUCGUCCAUGGCGGAUCUCGUUGGACCCCCACUGCCGCACCAGCCGCCGUCAUCAUCGCGGGAAAGCAGGCGUAGCGGAAGAGGUGGUGGUGGCCCUAGCGGCGGCGGCGAUGACAGGGAGGGUGGCGGCGGCAGCAGCAGUGGCCAUCAUCGCGAUAGCAGGCGGAGUAUGCGUGGUGGUGAUGGCGGUGGUGGUGGAUGGGGUGGUGCCGAGCACGAUGUCGGCGGUAUGCCUGGUGCCGGUUCUGGACCGUACGGCGGAGGACCGCCGAAUGGCGAAGGCGGCGGCGGCGGCAGUGGACGCAGCAUGCGCAACAACGGACCGGGCGAUGGUAGUGGUGGUGGCGGCAGCGGUAGGAGCAGGGAGCCGCGUGAGAUGCGGGAGCCGAGGGAGAGUCGUGGUGGUGGUGGUGGUGGUGGCUCGGAGAGGGAGCCGAGGGAGUCGAGGGAUCGGAAGAGGAAUAGGGGUGGUGGAGAUGUUGAUGGUGGUGGUGGUGGUGGUGGGCAUGCGGGUGGUGGUGGUGGUUUGGAUGGUAGCGGUGGUGGUGGUGGAGGUGGUAGUGGUGGCGGGAAGAGGCCGAGGAGGGGGAGGGGCGGUGAGGAGCGUGAUGGGGGUGGGAGGGGGGAGAGGGGUUGA